GCGCCCAGCCCAGUUGAUAAGCGCGCGCGCGCGCGCGCGCGCUCGCGCCACCGACUGCAAGGCGAUGCACCCCCCCCCCCCGGGGGAGGGGUUGGCGCGCGCGUCGACCGUCGUCCCCGUCGCCAGUCGAUCAUCGGCCAACCAAGCGAACGGGCGCGGCAAAGGAAAACCUCAACCUUCACCAAACCAACCACCCAGAAACCGAAGUGAACGGAAACGGAAAGUUGUUUCUGCCUUGUUGUAUUUGCGCCCGCGCGUUUGCGAAUGUGUCAAAGGGCACAGGGUAGUGCGUGAGUGGCACGUGAGUGUGAGUGGACUAGAACGAGCGAUCCGAUCCGAUCGAUCAGCAAUCAAACUGUGAGGCUGCGCGGCUGUCAGCGAUCAGCGGCACUUCUUCUUCACUUUCUCCCACUCAGGCAGGCACCGCACACUAGAGCUUGGGUGCGUUGCGUUACACUUUUGCUGUGAAGGUGAAGCACAGGAAGAUCCUGCAGCACUACUCGGUGCUGCUACGAUAGUGGCAGCCCUUUGUUCGAUUGCAAACAGCACUCGCAGGGUCUUCAGCCGCCCUUUUGUUGAAACCUCUUUUAGAACAACCCAGAACAAAGGUGCCCGCCCGGAGCUGCAGGACAAAUGGCGGCGCCAAGCUGUGCUCAGUAGCUGAGCAGGGGGCUCAGGCUUUACGGGGGUUUACGGGGCACAGAACCGCUCUUGGUGCAGCCGGGGAAUCCAGGGACUAGACGCGACGCUACGACGGCAACGAACGCUCUCUCUCUCUCUCUCUGGCUCGCUCGCUCUCUGUCUCACGCCGUGCGCUCGAUCCGCAAUCGAAUUGCUACUGGACCGGCAGCUACUGGGCGCGCGUGGUAGGCGAAGAUGACUCACGGACCGCCGGCCAGCCGCAAGCGGCAACAGCAGCAGCUCAACAGUGACAUCGAGCAGAACGUGCACGGGACGGCCUGCCGUGAGCCGGGCCCGGGGGAAGGGACGGAAACGGGGCUACCGACGCCACCGGACGGUGGCUGGGGCUGGAUGGUGGUGCUCGCCUCCUUCAGCAUUCACAUUAUCACGGAUGGUUUGACGUACUCGUUCGGUAUCUUCUACUCCGAGUUCCUGACGUACUUCAACGAGGGUAAAGGCUAUACGGCAUGGAUCGCCUCGAUCCUGGUCGGUGUGACGCUCUGCUCGGGUCCGAUCUCGUCGUCGCUCGUCAACCGGUACGGUUGCCGGGCGGUGACGAUCGCGGGGGCGCUGCUGGCCAGCGCUUCGCUCGCCGUCAGCAGGUACGCCACCAGCGUGUUCAUGCUGUUCAUCACGAUCGGCGUCGGGACGGGGCUGGGCCUGGGGCUCAUCUACCUGCCCGCCAUCGUGAGCGUGACGAUGUACUUCGAGCGGUUGCGCUCGCUCGCCACCGGUAUUGCGGUGUGCGGUUCCGGGCUCGGUACCUCCAUCUUUGCCCCCCUCACCGAAACGCUGAUCAAGCGCUUCGAGUGGCAGGGUGCCCUGCUGGCCAUCGCCGCCAUCGUCCUGAUCUGCGUCAUCUUCGGCUGGAUGUUCCGGCCGCUGAAGGCCCCGCCCGCGAUGGUACCGUCGCCCGACCCAGCCACCGUUCCGCUACAGCAGCAGCAGCAACCGCAGCAGCAACAGCAACAACAUUCCACCACCGACCGGUUGCCGGCCGGUGGCGGCAACAACCUGGCGCGCUCCAACAGCCACGGCUUCCUGGACAGCGGUCCCCGGAUCGAGCAGAAUGGGGGUCACUCGGGGAGCGGCCACAACCUCGACAAGCUUCGCCCGAUCGGGGCACCGCCGAUCAGCUCCGGUGGCGGCGGAGGCCAGCCCCUGGCUGACGAUGCGAAGCGCUUCGGCCACAGCCAACCACUGCUAGCGGUGCCGGCUGGUGGUCAGCAGCAGCAGCAGCAGCAGCCCCAGCAACAGCCCCAGCAACAGCCCCAGCACGGCUCGGUCAGUACGCUGAAGCACGCGGAAAGCGGUACGAUGUACCGGAAGGACGCCCUGUACACCGGGUCCGUGCACAACAUCAGCGCGUCGCGCCACCAAUCCCAGGCCAACCUGGCCGGCACCUACGAGAAGGGUAGCUACGGUUCGGUGCAGGGUGUGGCCGCCGCACCGGCCGACCCGGAACGCUGCCUCGGUUGCAUACCGUGUUCGCGCGAAACCUGCGACACGUUCCGCGAGAUGAUGAACUUCUCCAUCCUGAGGGACCCGGUGUUUAUCGUGUUCACCGUGUCGAACUUUCUGACGAGCGUCGGCUUUAACGUGCCGUACGUGUACCUUACCGAGCAGGCGCUCGCGAGCGGUAUCGAUACGAAGCAGGCGAGCUACCUGCUCGGUAUCAUCGGUAUCGCCAACACGCUCGGCCGGAUCGUGCUCGGGUACCUGUCCGAUAAGGCGUGGGUUAACCGGUUGGCCGUGUACAACUGCUCGCUGACGGUGUGCGGUGUCGCGACCGCCCUCUCCGUCCUCUGCCACAACUUCGAGACGCUCGCCCUCUACUCGGCCAUCUUUGGCUUCACGAUCGGGGCGUACGUCGGGCUCACGUCGGUCAUCCUGGUCGAUCUGCUCGGGCUGGAGAAGCUGACCAACGCGUUCGGGUUGCUGCUGCUGUUCCAGGGCAUCGCGUCGCUCAUCGGACCACCGAUUGCCGGGUGGCUGUACGACUACACGCUCUCGUACGGGCCCGGCUUCGUGAUGGCCGGCACGGCGAUCGGGGCCAGCGGGCUCAUGCUGUUCGGUAUCCCGGCGCUCCAGCGGUACCUGGUCCGGCGGCGCACCCUCACCGACCAGGCCACCAUCGGUAUUCCGCUGCACUGAGUCCAGCCGCGAAACGGUCCAGCGAACGGUGCAGUGCAGCGCCCUCACCCGCCCACCGCUCAUAAGGAGACCCUUCCUUUCUUUUCUUCCUUCCUUCCUUUCGCCCUUCGCUGCGUUUGCCGCUAAUGUACAGCCGUAAGCGUUAUAGCCGUAAGUGAAUAAUAAAAAAAAAAAACAAAACAAAAAACACAGCAAUCCGUAACGCCUAUAGUACCAGCACCACUGUGCCGUGUGCGGUCGGGGCUCCGUGGUGUUUAGAGUUUUGCUGCUGAUGAGAUUCUUUUAUUGAUUGAGCGAAUCGAAUUUAGAAUA